AAAGAGCUUCACCACUGAGUAAACUGUAUCACUUCACAAUUGGAGCCAUUUGGAUUAUCCGCAAGAUAGGCCCCACCGUAUAUGGCCUUACUUUGGAAGGAAAUAUAUUUUCCAAUUAAUCAAACCAUUAAAACAUUGUAAAGUUAUUCACAGUUCAGUACUAGGAAUUAAUUAACCCACGCUAGACGAGACUAUUAAUAAGAACAAGUUUACAUAUAACGAUCACCAGCUCCAAGUAAGUCAGCAUUUCGACUCACACAUCGCAGAUGCCAACACCUGGUGCCUCUACCGUAAUUCAGACUCGCAGUAAGCAACAGAUUCCGCCACCACCUAAACAACAAAAACAACUAUCACAGAUUCGCAUUCGACAAUAUCAAUGCAGGCAUAAUUUAGAGAACAAUCAUCAUUUUUGUGGCUAGAACUCGAAGUGAACUAUCGCAAGCAUCUAACCUGUUGUCGAAAAAAUACUAGAAAUAUGGAUAUCAUGAAGAAAGGCUGGUUUAGUGAGAUACACGAGGAGCUUCUUCCUGGACAGGCGUUCUCGAUGCGUGUCAAGAAAGUACUUCAUGAGGAGAAGUCCCAGUAUCAGGAUAUAAAGAUCAUUGAAACGACAGAUUACGGAAGAGCACUAAUCUUAGACGGCAUCAUCCAGUGCACCUUGCGGGACGAGUUCUCCUACCAAGAGAUGAUAUCAUUCUUACCACUAUGCGCCCAUCCAAACCCUGAAAAGGUACUAAUAGUUGGUGGUGGUGACGGAGGAGUAGCACGAGAAGUAACCAAACAUCCCGCCGUCAAGGAGGUUCAUCAAGUAGAAAUCGACGACCGUGUAGUUGAACUGUCCAAAAAAUACCUCCCUGAAAUGGCAUGUGGUUUUGAUCAUCCCAAACUCCAUCUAACCAUUGGCGACGGUUUUGAAUACAUGAAAAACCACGAAAAUGAAUUCGAUGUCAUAAUCACAGACAGUUCAGACCCUAUUGGACCAGCAGUUGGACUAUUUGAGGAGUCCUACUAUAGUCUUAUGAAGGCAGCACUUAAGCCAGGAGGGAUAGUUUGUUCGCAAGGAAACAGCUACUGGUGCGAAUUAGAUUUUUGCAAGUCACUUUUAGAGAAUUGUAGGAAGCACUUCCCUGCAACAGCGUAUUCAUUUAUAACCACGCCUUCGUAUACUUGUGGUAAUAUUGGUUUUGCUAUUGGUUGCCUGGAUCCGGAUAGGGAACUCAGUGAACCCUUGCAUGUUUUUACCAAGGCUGAAAUUGAUGAGAUGAAACUUCGUUAUUAUACCAGUGAAAUUCAUCGGGCUUCGUUUGUGUUACCACGAUUUGUGGAGAAGACUUUGUAUGAAAGUUAAUGCUAAGUUUUUAGGUUCCUUUAAUCAGUUAGGUGUCGGGUGCUGUUAUUCUUAUUUUUAUUGUUAUAUGUUAGUUUUAUCUGUACGAAUAAAGGUAUGGUUUGGUGUUUGGUGUUUCCCUGCUAUCA